AUGGCAGAGACGGAUAUUAAAGCGGUCACACAGAUGGAUGCUUGGGUUCGCAUGAGUUCCAACAUGAGGAGCAUGGAGCAGGAGCUGCACUGCCCCGUGUGCAAGGAGAUCGUCAAGCAGCCCGUGGUGCUCCCUUGCCAGCACAGCGUCUGCCUGAUGUGUGCCUCCGAGGUGCUGGUGGCCAGCGGCUACCCGCCCCCGGAGCUCCCCCCGGAGCCCAACUCCCCCGCCACCACGCCCAACACCCGCUCGCCCCGGCAGGCCCGCAGACCCCUGCCCAAGGCCGAGCUGCGGCCCAUCGACAGGCUGCUCCGGGCAGGAGUUGGAACGUAUCCCGGGCGCAGGCGUAAAGAAGGCCCUCCCCUGGUCAUGAUGUUCCCCUGCGUCCCCUGUGGGAAAGACGUGGAGCUGGGGGAGAAGGGCCUGGCAGACUGCCUCCGCAACCUGACUCUGGAACGCAUCGUGGAGAGGUACAGACACACAGUGAGCCUGGGCAGCGUGGCGGUGAUGUGCCAGUUCUGCAAACCGCCCCAGUCCCUGGAGGCGACCAAGGGCUGUGCGGACUGCAGAGCCAGCUUCUGCAAUGAGUGCUUUAAGCUGUACCACCCGUGGGGGACGCCCCGUGCCCAGCACGAACACGUCCAGCCCACGCUCAACUUCAGACCCAAGGUACUGACCUGCCCGGAGCACGACCAGGAGAAGCUGCAGUUCUACUGUCGCUCCUGCCAGCGUCUGCUCUGCUCGCUGUGCAAGCUGCGGCGUGUCCACGCGGGCCACAAAGUUCUGCCCGUGGCCCAUGCAUACCAGGCACUCAAGGAGAAGAUCACCAAGGAGAUGAACUAUAUUCUGUCCAAUCAGGAGACAGUUCUUACUCAGAUAACCCAGCUAGAGAGUGCCAUCACUCAGACAGAGGUGAACAGUGUGUCCGCCAGGGAGCAGUUGGCCCAGAGCAUCCGGGACCUGACGGCGUCGCUGGCCGAGCGCCACUCCUCCCUGACGGCGUCGCUGGAGGGGGCGCGGCAGCGGCGGGGGGAGGCGCUGGCGGGCCAGGUGACGGAGAGGCGGAGCCUGAUGGAGCACGCUGGCCUCAUGGCCUUCACCCAAGAGAUGCUGAAGGAGACGGACCCGCCCAGCUUUGUGCAGGCCGCUCGGCAAACUCACAACAGAUUGAGCAAAGCCAUCGAGAACCUCCAGUGCUUCCAGCUGGCUGCCGACCCGUCCUUCAGACACUUCCAGUUGGACGUCUCCAAAGAACUGAAACUCCUCACCGAGCUGCACUUCAUACAAGCUCCUCUGGCCCCUGUCAUCGACACCCAGCGCACCCUGGCCUACGACCAGCUCUUCCUGUGCUGGCGGCUGCCCCAGGAGUCCACCCCGGCCUGGCACUACUCGGUGGAGUACCGCCGCCGGGGGGUGGUGCCCGGGGGCGGCUCCCGGGGCGGCUUCCGCGGCGGGCUGGCGGCGGCGCGCUGGGGCUGGCAGCGGCAGGACGAGGUGGGCAGCGCCAGCGCGGUGGUCGACCGGCUGGAGAUGGACAGCGUGUACGUGCUGCGCGUGCGCGGCUGCAACAAGGCGGGCUACGGCGAGUACAGCGAGGAGGUGUACCUGCACACCCCGCCCGCGCCAGUGCUGAACUUCUACCUGGACUCCCGCUGGGGUCUCCAUGCCGACCGGCUUGUCGUCAGCAAGGAGCAGCGCUGUGCCCGCAGCGUUCCCGGGCUCUCCCUCCUGCAGGCUGCCGACCUGGCCCUUACGUCCUGCCACCUGACCUCCGACCUGCUGGUGGGGGACGUGGCCAUCACACAGGGCCGCCACUACUGGGCGUGCUCCGUGGAGCCGGGGUCCUACCUGGUCAAGGUGGGAGUCGGACUGGAGUCCAAGCUACAGGAGUGGUUCCACCUCCCCCAGGACAUGGCCAGUCCUCGCUACGACCCCGACAGCGGCCAUGACAGCGGAGCAGAGGACGCGCUGGACUCGGCCCCUCCCUUCUGCUUCCUCACCAUGGGCAUGGGCAAGAUCUACCUCCCCCAGAACAGCGGCCACCACCACAGUCACCAUAGCAACAGCGCCCGGGAGCCCGUGGCCAACGGCCCCAGCCCCUCGGCGCCGGCGGGCGUCACCUACCCCCUGCCCCCCCGGCUCGGCGUGUGCCUCGACUUUGAGAAAGGUCGGGUCACCUUCUACGACGCCCACUCCCUGCGGCCUCUGUGGGAGGGGCACGUGGACUGCUCCGGCCCCGUGUGUCCCGCCUUCUGUUUCAUUGGUGGAGGAGCGCUGCAACUGCAGGAGCUGGUGGCCAAUCGCAACGCGGACCCGACGCCCGUCCGACGGGUCACCAUACAACCGCGAGGCACCAAUCUGAAUAGUAACUGACGACGAUUAUGUCGCGGCCGUAUUGGCCCCCUUAAAAAAAUAAAUAUUUGUGGAGUAUUUACUCAG